AUCUAUGAUUCUAACCUUAAAGUUUCUUCUCGUGUGUUUUCGUUGUGAUUGAACAUGUUUGAGUGAAAAAUAGAAAAUUUGAACAAUAAACAAUGGUUCGACACAAUAAUCAGUUAGAAAAUAACUUGCCACAACUCCAGUAUUUAAUAAAAAAAGAUCCGGAAUCGUACAAAGAUGAUUUCCUCAAUCAAUAUCGAAAUUUUCAAGGUAUACUUUCAGUGUUUUGUGGCACUCCAGAACAACCUAAUAAAAAAUUGGAAGAUUUGGUGAUGUUCGUAGCUCAAGUGGUCCAAUGCUACCCGACUGAACUAGAACAGUUUCCGAAACAGUUGAUAGAUAUUUUGGAAAAGUACGACACAGUUCUAGACAAGGAAAUGAGAAUGCAGUUAUGCCGUGCCUUGAUCCUAUUGAGAAACAAACAGUUGCUCCUCCCCAAUGACCUACUGGAGUUAUUUUUCAAACUGUUGAGAUGCGACGAUAAGAAUCUCCGCGAUUAUCUCAGAACUCACAUAAUCACAGACAUAAAAAAUUUAAACGCAAAACACAAGAAUGCCAAGCUGAAUACGUCCCUCCAAAACUUUAUGUUCACGAUGUUGAAAGAUAACAAUUCCAGAGCAGCCAAAAUGUCGGUGGAUAUAAUGAUAGAGCUGUACAAGAAAAAUGUUUGGAACGACACUAAAACUGUGAACGUAAUUGCUACAGGAUGUUUCUCGAAAAUCACCAAAGUUAUGGUGGCUUCCUUGAAAUUCUUCUUGGGAAAGGACGAAGACGAAAAAUCGGAUAAUUCUGAUUCAGACGAUGACGUUGACCCGAAAGAAGUGAUGAUGGCUAAUAAAUUCAACAAAAAAACCCGUAAAAGGGAAAAGAACUUAGCUAAAGUGAAGAAGAUGGCUGCUAAAGCGUAUAAGAAGAAAUCCAAGAGUGAAUCUUUCAAUUUUUCAGCUUUACAUCUAAUUCACGACCCACAAGGUAUGGCCGAAAAAUUAUUCCACCAGUUGGAAACUACUACGAAGAGGUUCGAAGUGAAAUUGAUGACACUCGAUGUCGUAUCUCGUCUCAUCGGUUUGCAUCAAUUAUUCCUCUUCAAUUUUUACAGUUAUAUUCAGAGAUUCAUGCAGCCUCAUCAGAGGGAAGUGACUAGGAUUUUACAGUUUGCAGCGCAAGCUAGUCACGAGUUGGUACCACCCGACGUAAUUGAACCGGUACUUAAGACAUUGGCUAAUAAUUUCAUUACCGAGAGGAAUUCUUCAGAUGUCAUGGCGAUUGGUUUGAACGCUGUUAAAGAAAUUUGUAGCCGUUGUCCCUUAGCAAUGAGCGAGGAUUUACUUCAGGAUUUGGCGGAAUAUAAAAAUUACAGAGAAAGGGCUGUGAUGAUGGCCUCCAGAGGUCUAGUUCACCUAUUUAGGAACAUAAGACCUCAGUUGUUACGAAAGAAGGACAGAGGUAGGCCUACUGAAGCUACAGAAGAACUUGUUGAUAUGCAGUAUGGUGGAGUAAAUGCGGCAGAUUAUGUGAAAGGUGCAGAUGUCCUCCUCAGAAAUCAUAAGGAAGAAGUGGAAGUGAACUCUGACUCUGGAUCAGACGACGAUGAGUGGGUAGAUGUUCAACAUUCUUCAGAUGAAGAAAUGGUUGAAGCUGAAGAAGAUGACUCAGACAAUGCAGAAGAGGAAGAAGACGAAGCUGGUUACGAAGAAGAAGACGCUGAAGACGAAGAGGAUGAUGAAGAAUCAGGAAGCGACGAAGACACCGAGAACGAGAAUAAGGAAAAACCUCUCACAAAAGUAGAAAGGAAAAAAUUGAAGGCGAAACGAAAGUUACAACAGAAAGUCGACAAAGUGGAAUUGGCUAAGAAGGUAACGCUUGAGCGCAUCCUAACAGACGAAGACUUCAAGAGGAUAGACAUGGCCAAUAUCAAGAAACAGGUGUUCUCUGCAACGAAAGGGUUGAAGAGGCUUGCCGAGCAAGAUGUGAAAGAACGUUCUGAACUCGUUAAAUUGGGGGACAUCGAGAAUAUCUACAAGAAGAGGAAGCACGAUAAAGCCACCAGGGUGGAAAGCGUACGGAAGGGUCAAGAGGGUAGGGAACCUUUUGGAUACAAAGACGGGAGGGUGAAUAUUCACUGUUCGAAAACAAACAGGGAGAAGAGGAAGAAUAAGAACUUCCAGAUGAUGCGACACAAGGUGAAAGCUAAAGUGAAGAAAAGUUUUAAGGAUAAACAGGUGGCGCUGAGAAAUCACUUGUUGAAAUUGAAGAAAAUGAAAUGAUUGACUUUGUAAAUAUGUUUGUUAAGUUAAUAAAGUAUUUAAAAUUAA